AGACAAGCUGUGUGGACUAUUGUUUGGGUCAUUGCUACGCACGUGACUCGGAUUCGCAGGGAAGUGAGAGGGAAACGGGAUCCCCAGAACGCGUCGCCAGCCUCAGUCAGCGCGAGGUGACGGGUGCGGUGACAGCGGCGAGAUGACACCAACAGCAGCUCUCUGGUUAAUACUGUGCUCGGCUGCCUUGGCGUCUGGUGCAAGGCUGCCACUGGACGAAGAUCCUUACCCAGCACAACGGUCACCAGCAGGUCUUCCGGUGGAGCCCGUGCAAGAGGAGGACCAGCGACGUGACCUGAAUUCCUUGCAUGGUUAUGGGCCCACUCGCGAGGAUGGGAACGAUGAGGCUGCCGUUGGACCUUCCUCUUACCCUGCACAACAGUCUCCAGGUCUUCCGGUGGAGCCCGUACAAGAGGACCAGCGACGUGAUCUGAAUUCCCUGUAUGGUCAUGGGCCCACACGCGAGGAUGGGGAGGAUGAAGCUGCAGGUGACCAAGUGAGAAUUAACAGCCACGGAUCUUCCUCUCCUGCUACGAUGCUUGGCGACUCCAGGGAUGACACUCUUGACGGCGAUGACAUGGACGAACACAACCAAAACGGAGAUUAUGAGGAUGACGACGAGGAAUAUAACGACGACGCAAGAUACGACGAUGACGGUAAUGAUGGUUUUGAAGAGUACUCCUAUUACGAUGACGCAGACUACUAUGACGACGAUGAUGAUAACGGUGAUGAUGAAGAUGAAGAAAAUAUUGAAAAUGCGGUGUACGGGUACGGCUCCGAAGAUCUCCCUAAUAGAAUCACGAACUGUACUGACCUUGGAGAUGGUUCACUGUUAUGCUUCCAAAACGACGUCGAAGAUGUAGAACAAGGUGGCGAGCGUGAGCCUCCGAACGGUGACGACACAGGGAGGAUGGACGAAAGGGCACGGUGGGACUUUCUAAUCAAUGACGAUGAAGCGAAGGAGGAUGAAUACACUGACGACGAAGACGAGGAUGAGGACGACGAGGACAGCGAUGGCAUAACUGAUAAUGAAAAUGAUGAAGAAACUGAUGAAAACAGCACUCCAUUCCCUGUACCCGUGUCCGAUGAUAGAUUGAAGCCAGACCUGUACUUCCCGGACAGUAUCCCAACCAUUGCACGUGCUUAUCAAGUAGACAGCGAGAGUAUUGCCCGCGAGGAACCAAACGAUGAAAGCGGUACUUCCAUCGUAGCAGAAAACCGAAAUCAGGACUCGAAGCUACAGAACAAGUGGUUUGAACACGACUCUGAAGGCACCGGAAGAACCUCACCCCACGAAAUCCCUUUUGAAGAAGUUUAUGAGUUAGUAAUGCACUCCAAUCAAGUCAGCGAGGAAGAUAAACAGCAUAUUGCGUCCCUAGAGCGGUUGAGGCGACAUGUGAACCGGCUCGGCGGGCUGGAAACCCCUCAUUCGAAGUCUCUAGUUCAUCACAUCGUCAAGAGACAACUGACCGGUUCCGAGGCCUGCGUGGUAUUCAGGCGGCGUCGACGGCGAGCGGCAUCGGAGGCUGAAGUGAGGGAAAGAGGAUCGAGGAGCAGACGGGGUAUUGGCAACGUGGGCAAGAGUCUGGAGCAAGGAAGCCCACGUGUCCGGCAGCUCUUCAAUCAGUAUAAGGCAAUGUGUGACUUCAUGUCUCUGUCUGUUUUUGAAAAGUAGAAUUUGUAGAGGACUUGGAGGGUGUAGUGGUAAUUGGUGCUUCCAUGAAUGUCUUAACACUUAAACUGCUUGUAUCAUUGUUGUUAUUGCGUUAAUUGCUUAAAGAAAGAGAGUGGUCUUUCUGUACACGUCCAACAAAACAACUAAUGAUCAUGAGUGUUAAAAUCAAAUCUCACACGACCCUACUUGUUAAAUAAGACUUUGUUAUAUGUGUGGCUGCGUGUAAGCGAUGCAAAGGUCAUCGCCCUAUAGAUAUUUAGUUUCUCAUCGGUAUUUCUUGAAGUUUAUGUGGCUGUCUCAUUGGUGAAACAAAUGUGCGUUGCUAUGGAGGUUUGAAUAUGAAUUAAAAGGCCAUAAAAAAGAUCAUAAUAAAAACUACUGAAGUGAAUAAAUAGUUUCUGCUGUUUGAACUUAA